CGGCUGUCGCCUUAUUUGCCGGUCACCCUCUUUCGUUGUAUUUGGACGGAUGGUUCGGUUCAUCUUGAUUGCGUAUCAGUUGUAAAUACUUUUUGUUAAAUUUUUCAAUGGGAAAGCUAAGGUACUCCGGACGGGGAAUUACUACUUAAGAAAAUUGUAGUAAGCAAAUACAUAAUUCAUAUCCCUAUUUUUAUACCGGGAAACAAUUCAAUCUCUUAGGCAUUAGAACUGCCGCUUUUUACUCGAUUAAAACAGAACACAAAAUUUGAUCACAAAAGCUCAAUUAUUUCAAGCAGUCUAUCCUCAAAACGGCGUCAAUCUAUAAUUUAUCCGUCAACUCUGACUUUGCCGAUUUGCUACUUCCUCUAAAUUUAUCUUUCACUCACCUUUAAAAAGACAUUUUGGGAAAAUGUCAGCAGCUCUGCCUAUUCAGACGUUGCCGCAACUACAGGACUCGUUCGCGUGUUAUCGCGAGAGGGAGCCCGAGCCAGACAAAGUGAUCGCCACCUAUAUCUGGAUAGACGCAACUGGACAGAAUCUGAGGUGCAAGUCGAGAGUGCUGGAUUCCAAACCAAAGAAGGUUGAAGAUUACCCUGACUGGAACUUCGAUGGAUCAUCCACUGGCCAAUCCUCCGGCCACAACAGCGACUGCUGGCUGAAGCCCUGUGCAGUCUUCCGAGACCCCUUCCGACGAGACCCGAAUGUGCUGGUGCUGUGCGAGGUGUACCAACACGACUGGACUCCCGACGCCCACAACAAACGACACUCGUGCAAAAAGGCAAUGGACGCUGUGAAGGACCAGGUUCCCUGGUUCGGAAUUGAACAGGAGUACACUCUGGUGGACCAGUCGGGAUUCCCCCACCUCUGGCCACAGGGGGGAUUCCCCGGACCCCAGGGCCCCUACUACUGUGGGGUGGGGUACACUAAGGUGAACGGGAGACAGAUUGUAGAGUCUCACUUGAGUGCUUGUCUCUAUGCUGGAGUGAAGAUUUGUGGGACCAACGCGGAGGUCAUGCCUUCACAGUGGGAGUACCAAGUGGGUCCGUGUGUGGGAAUAGAAAUGGGGGAUCAUCUGUGGAUGGCCAGAUUCAUCAUGGACCAGAUCAGCGAGGACCAGGCAGUCGUGGUCAGUCUGGACCCCAAGCCCAUACCCGGCGACUGGAACGGGGCAGGGUGCCACACCAACUACAGCACCCUUCCCAUGCGAGAGGAGGGAGGCAUCAAGUACAUCGAAGAAGCGAUUGAGAAACUGAGCAAACGACAUGAUGCUCACAUCGCCGCCUACGAUCCCUCGGGUGGCGAGGACAAUAAGCGACGACUGACUGGACUCCAUGAGACAGCCAGAAUCGACCAGUUCUCGAGUGGUGUCGCGAAUAGAGGCGCCAGUAUCCGAAUCCCGAGGCACUGUUCGGCCGAAGGCAAAGGGUAUCUCGAGGACCGAAGACCGGCAUCCAACAUGGAUCCCUACGUUGUCACUGAGAUUAUCGUGAGAACUACUCUUCUCAACGAAAAGUGAUUAACUGUGAAUGAAACACCUGAAAUGGAACUCUCAGAAGACGACAGCGGACUGAUUUAUCUGUAAUAAACGUAUAACCAACCAAUCAAACUUACACAUCAGUGCACGAUUUUUGAACCAAGAUUGAUCAUUUAUUGUGAUAUGAUAAAAAUAUAUUGAAACUAUAUCUUUUGGUUGUCAAUA